GUACCGGUACGUACCGGUACUGAAAUUAGCGGUACUUGCCCACCACUACUAACUGCCAACUGUGAACUGACUGAGUAAGCCUACUCGGCGUGUACUCGUACAGGUCUCUCUUUCCUUCACCCAAGCCCGUGUGUUGGACUGUUGGCACUGUUAGGCUUGUUCUUAGGAAUUUGACCAUUCCAUUAAUGUCUGGGUGGUUGUGCGGCAUGCACCGCCUACUUCCUCAACAAAAUACCGAAAAAAAAUCUUUACUCUUUAGUUUGAAGGCCUGUAUUACAUUUUCAACGCAUAAAUUGAACAUGUAAUUGAAUUAUGAAAACCGAGUAAACCGAGUACUACUCGCACCAAAACUGCCAUCCUUAUUGUUUACUCGUAGUAAAGACUCAAGAGUCAGAGAGGGCUUGUGAUUCGGUCUCAGUCAUUUUGUCUGAUUAAAUACCCACAAGGUGCAUUAGAUUACUGCAAUCCCAACAAUGACACCUAUACUACAAGUGCCCUAAAGUUGUGACGGCCUACAAGUUCACGACCGAAAACAAUACUAUGGAAUACAAGGCUAUUACAAGCAGGAUUACGGUCACCCAGCAGAGGACCACCCCAGGACAGGGAGCAUCACGCCUCACGUCACCCCGCAGCUCACCACCACACACUAAGGAGUCUUACAUGAUCCUGGCCACACUCGCUCUCACCUCCAGUGGCAGCUGUCCCUGAGCCCCUGAGUCCUAGCCAUGGAGUCCGGGCUGGUUGGGCUGCGAGCAGAGCUACAAAAGAAGCGUGCAGAGGCAAGCAAAUUUGGGACAGGCCAACGAGGAGCAGCAGGUCGGGAAAAGGAAGCAGCCCGACCCAAGGCAUCCUCAGCCAGCAAUCCUGGAGUCGCCAGCCGAGCAGCAAGGGAUGAAGAGCAGCACCAGGCAGAACAGAGGAAUGAGGAGAAGUCCAGGAAUGCACUGGAGAGAAAAGCAGCCAUGUAUGACAAGAUUCAGCAAGGCAUUGAAGUGUUGGAGAAUGACAACCUCAACCAAAGAUUCUUGGUUAACUUCCAGAAAAAAAUUAUAGAUGAUGUGAUGACAAGAAAUAAGACAAGGGAGGACAAAGAGAAGACAAGGAAGCAGAAACAGCAGAGUGAAGAAGUGCAUCAUGAGGAGAGUAAUGCUGAUGAUGACAAUGAAUGGGUGGAGUACACAGAUGCAUUUGGCCGCACAAGGGAGUGCCGGAGAGCUGAGUUAUCAGAAAAGUUAGAGCAGGACAAACAGCUAUCCCAGGACCUGAACCCUUCAGAGACAGAAGAAAAGACAGUGUUGGAUCCUCUCGAAGUGGAGGACCUUCAUCGAGAAGCACUGCACCAGAAGUGGCAAGCUGAGGAAGAAGCCAAUGCCACCAAGAAGGACCUCCACUACCAGGAUAUUUUGUAUGAUGAGGCCAGGACCCACGGCCCCGGCUUCCUUAAGUUCUCUCGCAAUGAAAAGGAGCGCAAAGCCCAGAUGGAGUUACUACGAGACCUGCAGACUGAGGCACAGCGAGCUACAGCCACCACUGCUGCUGCUGCCAAUAAGAGGCAGAAGGCCAUGAAGACACGGUUAGAGAAAGUGAGGCAGAGGAAGAGGCUUAAAAUGGGAUUGCCCAUGAAAGAUGAUGACAAACUGAAGACCCCACCUGGGUCUGAGGAAGAGGAGGAGCAGAUAGUGGGUCCAGCUCCUCUCCCACCCUCCCCUCCACCCAGAAAGAAAGUGGGUGGAGUGAGGGAGUGGGACCUGGGCAAGGAGGGAGUCACCUCCACCUUGACUCAGGAGGAAUGGGUCCUACGCCAGAGGUCUCAGCGCUCCCAGGAAUUUGCGCCUCCCUCCAGCUACCAUCCCAAGGAAGGCAGGAGCCAGGCAACAGUGUCCUCUUCUUACCAGCACCAAGCCACUGGGGACCAGCUGAGGAGAGACUCCCACUCUCCACCACCAGAUCCAAAAGAACCAUUGAGGGAGGAACGUCGGCCAGAGUUUGCUCCGCCAGCCACUCAUGAAUACUAUGGUCCCAUGACAAGCAGGAGAACACAUCAUAAGACUGCUGCCCCUGACAUAGAGGCAGCCAUUAGUAAAGGACUCAGUCACUUACGGAAAAUGAAUAACUAUUGAUGUUUCUGUGCCAUAAAUCCUUACUGAUAUACAGAGAAUAAGGUUCUGUCAGGAAAUGGCCUGUGGACAACAUUGUUAAGGGAGGCUGCUCAGUCUAUACAGUGUAACAGGCUUCACUCAUCACAGACAUAUUUAAGGCAGUGCUGUGCUGAUCAAAGUUGUGACUAGUGAAGAUUUGACUGCUACUUUAGGGUUUUUCCUAUGUAUGUAUUGACCAUAAAAAUAAAUAUGGAACAUUUU